UGCGCAGAGAAACGCAGGAAAGGCGGCACCUGCGGCCGAGCGAGGAGCGUCGCGCGUUCAGGCCUGAGGAGACCUGAAAGGGCCGGAAAUGGUUGCUAGCCUUCUCAGUUGAGCCUUCUUCACCUUCAUUAUCGCCUGACUGACCAGACUGGAGACCCCAGGCUUCGAGGCUACGGUGAAGGUCAGCAAGGAAGGAGAUCCCAUACCUGCAGACACAGGAACUAGAGUCCACCCAGGAUGACAACUGUUAAUGACAAUAUGGAGGCCCAGAAUGAGGAACCUCAGCUGUCUAAACCCUCGGAUUCCAAAACCAUGGUUGUUACUACCUCAGCUUUCCAGUUCUUAGUGCCCGAGACGUUGCCUACUGAGGAAGUACCUGAGGAGAACCAGACUUUGGACCCUCUGUCAACAUACCCUUGGUCCGAAGGAGAGAAUGAAGACACAUUGGAGACCCUAGACAAAGACGAGCAGAAAGACGAAACCCCCCAUGACCGACCAUACUGGACCAAUAAAACUGAGUACUUCCUGGCCCAGGUGGGCUUCUCUGUCGGGAUGAGCACCAUCUGGCGCUUUCCUUAUCUGUGUUUUCACAAUGGAGGUGGCAGUUUUCUCUUCAUCUAUAUCCUCAUGCUGUUCUUGGUGGGGGUUCCUCUCCUGUUCCUGGAGAUGGCAGCUGGUCAGAGGAUGCGGCAGGGAAGCAUUGGCGUGUGGAAGGCCAUCAGCCCCUGGAUUGGGGGUUUAGGGUAUACCAGCUUCAUGGUGUGCAUCAUCGUGGGCUUGUACUACAGUGUGCUCCUGGCCUGGAAUUUCUUCUAUUUGGUCCAGUCUUUCCAGUCUCCACUGCCUUGGUUAUUGUGCCCCAUAGCCAACAACCUCAGUGCUUAUGAUCCCGAGUGUGCAAGGACCACACCCGCUACCUACUUCUGGUACCGGAAGGUACUGAAGGCCACAGAUGAAAUCGAGAUGGGUGGGUUGCCAAUCCUGCAUCUCAGUGUCUCUCUCUUUGUGAUCUGGUUAAUUAUCUGCAUCUCCAUGAUCAAAGGGCUCAAGUCCACUGGAAAGAUGCUGUAUGUCUCAGUACUCCUCCCCUACGUCAUCCUUUUCUGUCUUCUUAUCCAAAGUCUGAAGAUGAAAGGUGCAAAUUUUGGUCUCAAGAAUUUGUUGGCUGCCAAGGUGAGGCAGCUGCCACCCUUUAUUUCUCUUAUUCAAAUGGGGGCGUCAAGGGCUGGAAGGUUGUUUGUCUGCCAGUGGCCCUCCCAGCUCCCUCCUUCACUCCCUUGUCCGUGUAUAUCCCUCCCUUUCUAUGCUAGUUUGCUUCCUCCUCAGGUGCCAGCCCUGUACUCUGUGGAAGUGUGGCGCCGAACAGGGAGCCAGCUCUUUUUGUCCCUGGGCCCCGGCUUUGGCAGCUUCACAGCAAUCAGCUCAUACAUCCCUCGGUCCAAUGACUGUGUCAUUGAUGCCUUUGCUGUGGCUUUUCUCAACUUGGUCGCCUCAGUGACUAUCACAGUGUUUGUAUUUGCCACCUUGGGCCACUUGGCCACAAAGGACAACGAACUCUGUUACAUGAUCUGCCUUCCUAAAAAUUCUACCCCUGUCCCCAGGAAUAUUAUGACAUUGAUAAACAUGGUCGAUGCUGAGAUGAUCCCCCCUGAGGCCAAGCCCCCAAAGAAUGUGUAUCAAGAUCCAAGCUCUCUCUACCCCUCGUGGCUCAACAGCCUCCCUGAACACAUCAAAAUCGCUAUCCUACCCUAUUUGGUGGAGUGUGACUUAUCUGAGCAAUUGAAUAAGGCAGGUAAAGGUUGGGGAUGGGACCCUAGCGUUCCUCAUCAAAGCCUCUACCCUCACUCCCCCUCCUUUCACACGCAGGUUAUGGUGGGUCCAGGCGUGGCCAUCGUGGCAUUUAGUAACAUUAUCACUGUGUUUUCUGGAUCCACCUUCUGGGCCAUCGUUAUCUUCACGUUGCUGGUGAACCUGGGGCUGAGCACCAUGGUAGGGAUCAUACAAGGCAUCGUUACCCCUCUCCAGGAUACUUUCUCUUCCCUGAGGGAAUAUUCAAAGCUGCUCCCAGUGAGCAUCUGUGUGCCUAUGUUCCUGGGAAGCCUCCUUUUUGUGAGGCCCUCCGGCUCCUACUACGUGAACCUGCUGGAUGAUUACUGGGCAUCUCUGGCCCUCUUCUUCAUUGUCAUCUUGGAGUCUGUGGCCAUGGCCUGGAUCUAUGGGGCCAGGAGGUUCCUUGCAGACCUGAGUAUCAUGCUGGGCCGCCCCAUCUCACCCAUCUAUCGUUGGCUGUGGUGUUUUCUGUCUCCAUUCGUGCUGCUAGUCCUGUUCUUAAGCACCCUGAUUCACCUGUCUGUAAAGAAGAUCACCUACUUCGCCUGGGACUCAAGAAUUGUGAGCCCCCCCCACUCCCCCCGAAACAGACCCCAUAUCCCCCCAAGGAGUGGAGAGAAGACUUUUCUUUUUCUUUAUUUAUUUUUUAAAUUACUCAAAUGAAUUUAUCACAUCUGUAGUUGUAUAAUGAUCAUAACAAUCUGAUUUCACAGGAUUUCCAUCCCACAGCCCAAA